AUGUGCGAUAACAUUUUCCCCGUGCUUCUUUAUAUGAAUGUCUGCAAUAUUGAAUUCGGCUUCCAUGAUGGAAAACCACGCUCAAUCAAAGCAAGUGGCUUGACGGAUACAGCCUAUACUGAACGACGCAGUUACUUCAUUCCAUUUUCAAAUGACAAUGCAGCCAUGUUGAUUUUAUUUAUAGCAGUAACGUCUUCAUGGGCUGGAGCGUUCGUAGCAUCAAGUUGUAGCGACCAAUGUGCUUCAGUCUGCAAAUGGGGGUUCAUCUAUCGCUACCGUUGGAAUCUACGUUAUUUUUACUACAUGAUGAAAGCUAGAUAUUCGUUUCAGAAUGAAAAAGCUGAAAACUUUGUGUUCGAUGCAUUUGUGAGUUAUUCAGAAGAUGAAGGAGAGUUUGUAAUUAAUAAAAUGAUACCGGAACUAGAGGAGCACGGUAAUCUACAUUUGAACAUUCAUCAUCGCGACUUUGUUCCUGGGCGGAAAAUCGUAGAAAAUAUCUUGUCAGCUAUUCAACAAAGCAGAUAUUGUCUUGUUUUGCUCAGCAGUGGGUUUUUAAAGAGCCAAUGGUGCAUGUAUGAAUUUAGCAUGGCCAAAAUGGAGACUGUCUACGCUGAACGAGAUAUGGUAGUGGUUAUAAUGCUGGAAGAAGUGGACACGGAAUCUAUUCCUCUGGAAUUAAUGCACCAUUUGAAGACAAAGAGUUAUAUUGAAUAUCCGACAAGAGAUGAGCAAGGGCAGCAACUUUUCUGGAAUAAUAUGAGAGAUUUAUUGCAAGGAAAGGCUGAAAGGAUUUGA